UUCUGACUGAUGACGAGUGUCGGUGGUGACUAGAGAUAAACAAAUGGAUGGGGAAACCGUAGGGAAUUUGUAUCAUGGCAACAGAUGAGGAUGGACUGGGACUAUUUGAUAACUGUUACAAUGUUGAAGCUUCUCCCUUUAAGGAAGAUGAUGAGAGCUCAGUGGAUAUUUAUGAUGGCUUGGACAAUGGUUUAACAGUUCCUGACAAUUCUGCUCCAAGUUCUACACCCACUGGAAAUAGUUUAAACUUAUUUGAUGAGAUAUUAAUUGAAGAAGGAACUGCAAAGGAAGCAUCCUACAAUGAGUUGCGGACAGAGUAUGGAAAAUGUCAACAGCAAAUCAAAGAGCUGAUGAAGAAAUUUAAGGAAAUACAGGCACAGAAUGUCAUUCUACAAAAUGAAAACCAAGCUCUUAAAAAGAAUAUUUCAGCACUUAUCAAAACAGCAAGAGUGGAAAUUAACCGUAAGGAUGAAGAAAUCAGUAACCUCCAUCAGAGGCUAACAGAAUUGCGCAGUCGUCGAAGUAGCUUCACCAGAACAUACCUUCCAGGAUCAACUAAUGGAAGGUGCUUUGAGAUAUGUAAAACAAAAGACGCCAAAAGACCCCCUUCUGAUUUAGGUGACAGUAUAAAGAUGGAUCAUAGAAUGAAAAAUGACUGUACAAAAGAUCCACAUCACAGUUACUCAUCCCAUACUAUGGAAAAUGGGAUGUCUAACUCAGGAAAAAGGAGCAGUCCACAUUCACUGAGAUACCCUCCUGAAGAGGUCUGCAAUGAUGGUACUCAUGCAUGUCUACUAAAUUAUGACCACUGUUCCAACAAGGAUAACAGGAAGGAAAGAAAAGAAAUGAAAAGUGAUGAACAGUAUAGCAAGGGAAAUGUCAACAAAUACAAAAGAGAAAUACAUCAGAGCACCGCUAACAAUAUCGAUAGCGAAGAGGGGAAUUCAGAUCCUCAUCAAAAGCUGAAAACCCUGUCAGAGAAGGCUAGUAAAACUGAGUUGCAACAAAAAAGUCAGAGCACGAAACUGAAGUGUAGUCCGAGUGUAGAGAGGAGGGCAGAAAGGGGUAUUUCUUCCUGGGAGAAACAAGCUACCGGUAAGGAGAGGUUUCAGACAAGAGGUGAGUUGUAUGCUGAUGAAAGGUCACAAAAUGUGACUAAAAAAGACAUUAAAACACAUGAUAAAGAUGAAAAAAACUCUGGACAAAAAAAUAAACCAAAUGAAAAACUACAGGAGCAACCAAGGAGGUCUGGUAGGGUCGGUAGUCCACACUCAAAGAAUGAACAUUCAAAGAACCUACAUGAAUCACGUAAGUGUCGUGUGGAAGAUUCUAGAAAAGGAAGAGACGUUGACUGCAGGAGAGAAAGAGGAACAAAUGAUCAUACUUCUCGAGAAGGAAGGUCUUCACCUUCUAGUUCCAGCAGUAGAGAGCAUAAAUACACGCGCUCCAAGGAAAGUAGUAGUAGAUAUGAAUGGGAAACAGCACAUUCCAAAUCAGAGAGACAUAGAACUGAAGAAAAAAGGAAAAGAGAAAGAGAGAGUCAGGAUGAAAAUAGACAUUCUAGGAAUGAAAGGAAAGUUACAAAAGAGAUUUCUCACCAAUCUGCAAAAGACUAUAAGAAAGGUACAGAUAUUACAAAAGGUGAGAGAAACAAGUCACAUAAGCCCGAAGAAGCAUCCAGAGUAGCAGAUGGUUUAAAGGACCAUAAACCUCCAAAAACUAAAGAUGAUCAAACUGGGGUAAAAAGCAAAGACUUAAAGCUCAGCUUUAUGGAGAAGCUAAAUUUAACUCUUUCUCCUGCUAAAAAACAAUGUCUGUCUCCAACUGAUGGGCUUGAAACGCCUUCCCAAAAGGCCGCUGAUGAAGGAAGUACAGAGCUUGCAACGCAGACAAAAAUACUAGAUUCUGCCCACCUUGUUAAUUGUGGUCCUGCAGAGCAAGCUAAUUCACAGUUAGAAGUUCUGGACAGCGCAGCUCAGAUCAACCUGGAACCGGCAAUGCCUCCUUCUGUGAAUUCUGAUGUUGAAGCCUUGAAAGUAGCAGCAGCUGGUCCAGCACAGUCUGAAGCCUCGCUUGCAGUGGCAGCUGAUGAUGUGAGCUCAGAAACCUUACCAGAAGCAGUAAUGGGUCAGUUACAGCCCCAGGCCUUGCCAGGAGCAGCAGAGGUACUGGUUCCUGAUGAAGUGCAGGCUGAAACUUCGUCUGCAGCAGCAGAGGCUCCUGCCUUGGUCGAAUCUGAAGCCUCAGCAGCAGCAGUGGCAGCAGUGGAUCUGGAUCACCCAGAAGCUUUGCCUCUGGAAGUGGUAGGGAGCAUUGCACAGUGUGAAAAUUCACGUGUGGUAGUGGGGGUGAUGCAGGAUGGUGAUGAGCCGGCAGUAGAAGUGGCGCAAUCUGAAUCUGCCAGUGAAAGUCUGAGGGCCCUUCCUCAGUCUGGGACAGAGAAGGAAGAGGAAGAUAAAAUGUGGGUAGCUGCGGAUGUAGAAAUCACAGAGGACCAACAUAGCUCUCAAAACCUUGCCGUAGAUGACUCAGAGGCCAGAAGUUCUGGUGACCUGGAGUCCUGUGGUGUUGCUGACGGCAUUAGGGAGACAAAACUAGACUGCUUAAUGGAAGUAGUGAAGGACAGUGAUCAUUUGGCUGCAGAGAAUGUUGAGUGUUCUGUUGAGAAACCGGAUAUCUGCAAAGUUAAUAUGAAUCCAUCUCAGUCACCUGAGAGAACUGUAUUAACUGAUAAGGAAGUACCAAUAGUUGACCGGAAUGCCUGUAGUCUGGAGCCAGACUUACCUGAAGUCACUACGACAGCAUCUUCUCUUAGUGGUGAGACGUAUCCUAGAACUAAAGACAGAGAAACUAACAGCAUUCCUGUUGAUGAUGACAGUUCAAUACUAAGCAUUGAUCUCAAUCACUUGAGAUAUAUUCCGAAGGCUAUCAGCCCACUGAACAGUCCAAUGCGUCCUUUGGCUAAAGCACUUAGGAUGGAAAGUCCCUGCAAAAGUCUUGUGAAGAGUUACAACAAAGAUUUAAUUCCUGAAAGUACGAUUGUCGUCUGUCCCUCAAAGAAUUUGUCAAAGGAGGUAAAUAAAGAAAAUCAAAAGCCAGGUAGCAUGUCUGGAAAACACCUAGAGAUGGAUUCCCAGCUGAGCAUCUCUUCAGAUGAAAUAGAAGAAGGAGAAAUUAUAAGUAGUGACGAUGAUGAUGAAGAAAAAUCUAAACCAGAAAGAACCUCUGAAAAUACAAAAAAAUCAGGACCAAGAUCUUCUCCUGAAAAACGAAAUUUGACCAGCAAUCCUCAUAAUCAAAAGAGCAAAACUGUGUGUUGCAAUGAAGAUAAUGGAAAGUUUAUUUCUGUGAAAUUAAGUACAAAGAAGAACAGAGAGAGACAUAAAAACCAGACUUUCAGAUCUUCAAAGGAGAUGAAGAAAAAUAAAACCGUGAGCAUUGCUUGUCUUGAAAAAAUAGUUCAAAUUGUUGUUGAACCUUCAACUGUACAAGAAAUUAUGCAAAUGCUAAGAGCUGUACGAAAGCAGGUGAGGAAAAAUUAUAUGAAGUUCAAGGUACACUUCCCAGUUCAGCAUUUUCACAGAAUUAUAGAAUCUGCCAUCAUAAAUUUCACGUCAUUAAUAAAAUACUUGAACUUUUCCAAGAUGUCUACAUUAAAUGAGACUUUAAAAUUGAAUCUCUGUGAUACUAUAGAGUCUAAACUUAAGCAAGUUAAAAAGAAUGCCAUAGUGGAUCAUCUUUUCGAACAACAAGUAUCAGAUAGGAAAAAACAGUUAUGGAAAUUUGUAGAAGAGCAGCUUGAUUACUUAUUUGAAAAGAUACGGAGAAUUUUAGUAAAACUAUGUGAUGCAGUAAAUGUGGGAAAUGAGAGCGAGGAAGGGAAGUUUGAAAGAACGGGAAAACAAAAACACAAAAUCAGUCACAAAAAUGAUGUUCAAAGAUCUCGAAAAAAGUCUCUGAAAGCCAGAUCUCAAAGGACUGAAGAAUAUAUCCUUUCUAAGCCAAUUGUGGAUUAUCAACCACCAAAAAAGUGUCACCAUGAGAAAAAUAAAACUGAUGCACCAAAAACUACCUUUACAAAAUGUCUUAACUCCAUUGAUAACACAAGAAUUUCCCAAACCAAAGUGCAGCCCUCUGAGGAGAAUAAUAUACAAGGCACUCUCACUCCAUUGAAAGGUAUAAGACAUGAAAAGGAAGGAUUUCAGCUAUCCAAAGAUGCUAACAAGUCUGAUGUUAGUUAUGAUCUUCUCACAGAACAACAAGCAUCCAGUCUUACAUUUAAUCUUGUGAGUGAUGCUCAGAUGGGUGAAAUUUUCAAAAGUUUGUUGCAAGGUUCUGAUCUCUUGGAAAAAAGUGGUGGCAAUAUUGACAGACAUGAUUGGGAAUUCAGGACACCAGAAAAACAGCUUUUAGAAAGUCAGAAAUGCAGAAGUAAUAAUGCUGGAUUAAUGCAAGAGACUGCUCCAAAGGAUGCUUGUGUGGCAUCUCGACCAGUAGAGGAUAUUAACUGGCCUGUUGUUUCACCUAUAAGAGCUACCUCUUUAUCGUCUAGGCUUCAAAUGUCAGUUGAUCCAAAUGUACUAGAUGAAAGCUGUAUGUUUGAGGUUCCUACAAGUGCAACUUCAUGCAAAGAAGAUGAGUGCAGUUUACAGAAGAAUAAAUCCUUUGUUUCUUCUAUUCUCCUUGAAGAUUUGGCUGUUUCUUUAACUAUUCCAUCACCUUUGAAAUCAGAUGCUCAUCUCAGCUUCCUAAAACCUGAGAAUAAUUCUGGUUCAACUCCUGAGGGUGUACUUAGCGCACAUUACAGUGAAGAUGCGCUCCUCGAAGAGGAGGAUGCCACUGAGCAAGACAUCCAUUUGGCUUUAGAAUCUGAUAACUCAAGUAGUAGAUCAAGUUGUUCUUCAUCAUGGACAAGUCGGCCUGUUGCUCCCGGUUUUCAGUGUCGCCCCAGCCCACCAAUGCAAGCAGUAAUCAUGGAGAAAUCCAAUGACCAUUUUAUUGUAAAGAUUAGGCGUGCAGUGCCAUGUACCUCCCAAGCAUCUGAUCAGAUGGCCUUAGUGAAGGAGGCACGGGCAUCCUCAACCAAGAAUGAAAAUGAAGUAAUGAGAGGUGGUGAAAAAGAAAGGGACAGUCAGUGUGUCAUGGGAGCCACUGUGCAAGAAACUCUCAAGCCAGAUCUCGUGAAGACUGAUGAGUUGCAUUACGUCAGCCCUGGACAAGAACAAAGUCGUGCCUCACCUCAGCCUCUGAAGGAGUCGCCUAACAGUACUAGAAAGGAAGAAGCUACUGGUUUGCUUGGGCCCUGUAGAAAAUCUGCAAACAAAAAUAGCCAUGAUACCGAAAGCCCAAAUGAAGACUGUGAACACUCUCAGACACGCGAAUUGAAAGUACCUGAAAACGUGAACGAAAUUGCUCUCAGACCUGAAGCUUCUUUUUCCAUUGGACGCAGCGUGGAGUCAGACAUAGACUUAACAGAUGAUAUUGUUAAUGAGAAUUCAUGUCUUGCAGUACAAUCCCCUGCUGAUAAUAGGAGUCAGGAAACUCCUGCCGAAAACUCAGAAAUCAGUGAUAAGAAGGAAGAACUGGAAGAGUGCUCUGUUGAUGCAUUUAUAGACUUAACAGAAGAGCUUUCUAAUGAGAUUGUGGCAGGUGAAGGUAAUCUUGAAAUAAAAUCCACUUCAGAUACUGCUGUAGGAUGCCAAAUAAAUAUGGAUGAUAAAACUAGUAAAAAAAGGAAAAAAGACACAGUAGUAGACAAUUCUAACUCAAAAAGACAACGGAAAGAAAGCGAAUCAGUGGGUGAAAGGAAUGAUGGACGUGAUGUGAUAUCCGAAGAGAUGAAUUCAGUACCCAAACCAUCUUCCAGUAAGAAGAAUGAGUUGCCUCAGAACAAAGACUCUUCUCUGUCAGUUUCAUCUGCAUCUUCACCUAGUCUGUAUGCCAAAAACAUCGUUAAGAAGAAAGGAGAAGUAGUAGUUUCCUGGACAAGAAACGAUGACCGAGAAAUCUUACUGGAGUGUCAGAGAAAAGGACCUUCCAGCAAAACUUUUGUUGCCUUAGCCACUAGACUGAACAAAAGCCCAAAUCAGGUUUCAGAAAGAUUCAAGCAGUUAAUGAAGCUUUUCAAGAAAUCCAAGUGCAAGUGAACUUACCACCAAGCUGCUUUGUGGUUACAGGGUUUUUAGCUGUUAUCAGCAGUGAUGGAGUACAACCACUGCAUUCAUAUAGUGGGACUAGUGGAGGUGUCCAAGUCAGAAAAUUUAGUUCAGUAAAUCUAGUGCACUAUUAAUUAGUUGUUUACUUCCCUGUCCAUGUUUCCACUGAAAUGCUUUAUUCUGGCUCAGAUAGCAAGAGAAUAACACAGAGUAAGCUACAAACUAGCUGAGAAAGAAUGUGCAGAUACAAAUGGGGAGGUAUCAUUUUAAGGUGGUGAAUCUUCUGUUGGUUAAAUGUAUUCUAUAAGCAUGGAUGAGCGUGCACUCUAGUGAAAAUGAUGGCUCUUGCUUAACUUGUCAGAGGUACAGUAUAUGGUGAUGUGGAAUGGUAAUUGAAAAAAUAGAACUUCUUGGAAGGUAGUUGGUGGGUAAUCCUAGUUGGUAGAUAAUCCUAGGAAAUUACAAAUACAUCAUCUUGGUUAUGCUGAAACGUGGGAAUUGGUACUUUGAGAAGAUAGGCCUUCUUUUAAAUAGGACAGUGCAAAGAUAGCAAUAAUUUGAAAAGCUGCUUACCUAGUAAUUGGAUUAUGAUGGUAAGGAAUAGGUGGGUCUUUGCUGCUUUGUCAGCUGCUCAUAGUCUGCUUCGAGGAGGGAAUCUAGCAAUGUAUGUAGGGUUUGCCUUCAACUUUAAGCAUGUUCUCUAAGCCACUUCUUCAUUACUCCAGUGUUCAGUGGAAAGAAAUGAAUUAAUUCCUCUCUGAGGGUGCCCAUCUCUCUCCAUUGACAAUGGAGAGUGCCUAAACAAUUGGUGUCGAUUAGACCCCUAAUUUACAGAUUUUUAAAGUCAGGUAAAGAGACUCCUGCCUCUGAGAGAGGGAAGCCAGUUAUUAACGCAGUGACAAGUUUUUCAGAUUCUUUUAAAUAGCGAAACGCAGUGAUAAGGAGCAUUCAUUUACCAAGGACUGUCUUGUAGUUGAAAGUAUUUUACAGUUUUGAUGAUAUUUAAGCAAACUUAGUGUUGAAUUUUGCACAGCUGAUUAACUCUUCUUUCAGAAGAAAAUGUAUAGGAAUUUUUUUUUUCAAAAAUAGUUUUUGCUUUGGAAAGGGAUAAGAUAUUCAUCUUCCCCAAAUUACAUUUGGAAAAGGCACUUAAGUUUAUUGAGCUUAGCCUGAGCUAAAGUGACUUGACUGGCCUUCUACAUAGUGAACAUUCUGUUUUGUUUCCCAAAAAAAAAAAAAUCAGCAAGCCAUUUUCUUUUCAGGAGUUUGGAAAUAGACCCUUACAGUUCUAUAACAUGUGACUUUAUGCUUACUAACCAAAAGACAAACUUUUUUGUAAAAGCAAGCAUAUUCAGAAGCCUAAAUGACUUGUUUUGACAGCAGUGUAUCUAUCUUUACAAAUUUGAUGCAUCAGAAAUUCAUGACAUGUUUUAUUUAAAAAAGAACUUAGAAAUGCUUCCAAUUUAUCUAGUAGGUAC